ACAGCCACCCCAGCCACCCCUAAGACUCCCCCACCCCAGGGCGUGUCACUUCCUCCUCUGCAGCCUCCAGACCAGUACACAAAGGCUGCUGCUGCCACCAGAGGAAGGCUGCUCUGCACGCACCUGCAAUGGUGGUUUUGUCGAUGGCUCUUAUUUUCCUGCUGGCCCUGGGCAGAGGUGAAAGCCAGGUGGAUAUCAAGAGCUCGUCCUCAGGGGAGGCCACAAAGUUGGGAGAUCCUGACCUGUUUCUGCCAGGGUCUUGCCAGCCAGCCCCCUCCUGCAAGAAGUGCAUCUUCUCACAUCCCAGCUGUGCAUGGUGCAAGCAACUGAACUUCACCGCCUCGGGCGAGGCGGAGGCGCGACGCUGCGCUAGGCGAGAGGAGCUGCUGGCUCGGGGCUGCCCGCCGGAGGAGCUGGAGGAGCCCCGCGGCCGGCAGGAGGUGCUGCAGGACAGGCCUCUCAGCCAGGGCAUCCGCGGCGAGGGGGCCACCCAACUGGCACCGCAGCGGGUCCGGGUCAUUCUACGGCCGAGGGAGCCCCAGCGACUUCGGGUCCGCUUCCUCCGGGCCGCGGGUUACCCGGUAGACCUGUACUACCUCAUGGACUUGAGCUACUCAAUGAAGGACGACCUGGAACGCGUGCGCCAACUCGGACACGCCCUGCUGGUCCGGCUACAGGAGGUCACUCAUUCGGUGCGCAUAGGUUUCGGCUCCUUUGUGGACAAAACAGUGCUUCCCUUUGUGAGCACAGUGCCCUCCAAGCUGCGCCACCCCUGCCCCAGCCGACUGGAGCCCUGUCAGCCACCUUUCAGUUUUCACCAUGUGCUGUCCCUGACAGGGGAUGCUCAAGCCUUUGAGCGGGAGGUGGGGCGCCAGAAUGUGUCUGGCAACCUGGACUCACCUGAAGGUGGCUUUGAUGCCAUUCUGCAGGCAGCCCUCUGCCAGGAGCAGAUUGGCUGGAGAAAUGUGUCCCGGCUGCUGGUGUUCACUUCAGAUGACACAUUUCACACAGCUGGGGAUGGAAAGUUGGGUGGAAUUUUCAUGCCCAGUGAUGGACACUGCCACUUGGACAGCAAUGGCCUCUACAGUCGCAGCCCAGAGUUUGACUACCCCUCUGUGGGUCAGGUAGCCCAGGCCCUCUCUGCCGCAAACAUACAGCCCAUCUUUGCUGUCACCAGUACUACACUGCCCAUCUAUCAGGAGCUGAGUCAGCUGAUUCCCAAGUCUGCAGUCGGGGAGCUGAGUGAGGACUCCAGCAAUGUGGUGCAGCUCAUUAUGGAUGCUUAUGAUAGCCUGUCAUCCACUGUGACCCUAGAACACUUUUCACUCCCUCCUGGGGUCAACAUCUCUUAUGAAUCCCAGUGUGGAGGUUCUAAGAAGAGUGAAGGUGAGACUGGGGACCGUGGACAGUGCAACCACGUCCAAAUCAACCAGACGGUGAAUUUCUGGGUUACCCUCCAAGCUAAUAACUGCCUCCCAGAGCCCCAGUUCCUGAGACUUCGAGCACUUGGCUUCUCUGAGGAGCUGACUGUGGAGCUGCACACACUGUGUGACUGUAACUGCAGUGACACCCAGCCCCAGGCUCCCCACUGCAGCGAUGGCCAGGGAGACCUUCAGUGUGGAAUAUGCAGCUGUGCCCCUGGCCGCCUGGGUCGACUCUGUGAGUGUUCUGAAGCUGAGCUGUCCUCCCCGGAUCUGGAAGCUGGGUGCCGCGCUCCUAAUGGGACGGGACCCUUGUGCAGUGGGAAGGGACGGUGCCACUGUGGACGAUGCAGUUGUAGUGGACAGAGCUCUGGGCAUCUGUGCGAGUGUGAUGAUGCCAGCUGCGAGCGACAUGAGGGCAUCCUCUGUGGAGGUUUUGGCCACUGCCAAUGUGGAGUAUGUCACUGUCAUGCCAACCGCACGGGCAGAGCAUGUGAGUGCAGUGGGGACAUGGACAGCUGUGUCAGUCCUGAGGGAGAGCUCUGCAGUGGGCAUGGAUACUGCAAAUGCAAUCGCUGCCAGUGCUUGGAUGGCUACUAUGGUGCUCUGUGUGACCAGUGCCCAGGCUGCAAGACACCAUGUGAGAGACACAGGGACUGUGCAGAGUGUGGGGCCUUUGGGACAGGUCCCUUGGCUGCCAAUUGCAGCAUGGCUUGUGCCCAUGCCAAUGUGACUCUGGCUUUGAACCCUAUCUUGGAUGAUGGCUGGUGCAAAGAAAAGACUCUAGACAACCAGCUGUUCUUCUUCCUGGUGGAGGAUGAGGCUGGAGGCAGAGUGAUGCUGAGAGUGAAACCCCAAGAGAAGGGAGCAGACCACACCCAGACCAUUGUGCUGGGCUGUGUAGGGGGCAUUGUGGCCGUGGGACUGGGGCUGGUCCUGGCUUACCGGCUUUCAGUAGAAAUCUAUGACCGUCGGGAAUAUAGUCGCUUUGAGAAGGAGCGGCAACAAUCCAACUGGAAGCAGGACAGCAAUCCUCUCUACACAAGCGCCGUCACCACCACUAUCAACCCCCGCUUUCAAGGAGCAGAUAGUCCCAUUCUCUGAGGGGGAACAAAUCUUACCUAGGACUUUUCUCUCUGGGAUGACAGUGGGAAUUGGAAACGGGGACAAUUAUCAGGCAGCUAUCUAAGGAACUAACCUGCUGGUGAGAAGUUGUGGCCACCUGACUUCAUUUUCAGAGUGAUACUCAGCUGCUCCUACUGCUGUGACCGUUUUCCACCUCAAAAAAAACCAGGUCUCCUACUCAAGUAUACAAUAAAGUUUUCCCUCAG